AUGGCCACAGCGGCCCACAUUGAACUCAACCCAACCAUCACCGCUGGCGUCUAUCACGUCCCGGAUAUCACAGCCGAAUCCUCCAAGAUUGGAAGCCAACUCCUGCAGGAGAACCAUGACAAAUUCCACAUAUACUUUAACCAAAGUGGUUUUCACAACCACAUUGCGCAUCAUUUAUUGACCAUCUACGCUCUUGGUGCCACGCCAGACGAGAUCCGGCGCGCCUUUGACAACAACAAGACCAUCCAGCGACCACAGUUCCCCGUGGAAAAGCGGAAUGUGCAAGACAUGGCUGAUCGUGACCAGUUCAAGCGGUUUCUAGGUAAAGAACAGUAUUUUCACGACUAUGAAGCCUUCUUUCGCAAUGAAAUCGACACGAAGGGCUGGGAGGCGGUACUUAACGAGCAUGUGUUCGCGAGAGACGAACAUGCGGAUCGAAUGCGGGCAAGAAUGCUGGCAGGCUUCCUCCACCCAUUAAUUCACCUUGGAUUCGGCGUCGAGUUCAAACAGCCGGCCAUCAUCGUUGAAGCACUCGCCCAAGCUGCCACCCACGACGGCUGGACUGGAAUAUUCCUCCAUGCCGCCGAGAAAGCCGCCGGAAAUUCCAAGUCGUCGUCCAAGAGCUUGGUGCAACUCAUCCAUGAAAGCCGUGCGAAUGAUAAGCUCCGCACGUCAGCCCAUUGGGAGGACGGCAAUAAAGUCCGAGACGGGGUCUUCGUUCGCGCUCCAGACGAGAUGGUGGCGCUCGCCUCCCAAUGGAUCGUGACGCCCGAUCAACUCGAGCGGAAAACCGCCGAGAUGAUCAAUGCGACUGUCUACUUCGCCGGGGCAGCACAACGUCCCACGAAGCAAGUCAAGUUCGACUUCUUCUACAUGCACUGUGUCAACUGCUCGAUCUUCUUCUCCACGUUCCUCAACGAACCGUGGUUGAGGGUGGAAGAUAAAUGCAGGCUCUUGGAAUGGAAAGGACGCCUUGAUCUCGCCAUGUAUGUGUCAAGAGGAUGUCCGGAGCUGUUGAUCGACGAAAUUAAGAAUUACAAGCCCGAGAGACCGGAAGACGGGUGGGCCGAAAUUACGCGACGAGUAGACAAAUUCCCCGACGAUGGACAUGCGAGCAAGCUGGUUCGUGCCCUUGCGAAUGGCCAGCAUGUUUGCAAACCCUAUGAGAGCGAAUCAGACGAUGUAUUUCCAAUCAAAGGCGACCAUAUGUGGUGGAAACUGGGUCAUAUGGCGAUUGACUCGGUCGAGACCAGUAAUCCUAACUGGGUCAGAAGCUGCGGAUUUGCAGAGGCAUGGGAGAAGAUUCCAGAGCGAGCAAAGUUGUGA